CGGAGUAUUGGACUGAGGCGGAGUAUUAUUGGACCAAUGCGCUUUCAGCUUUACUGCCGAGUCCAUCAGCUGAACAACACCCGCUGAUACAGAAUAUCUGAGCUGUGGUAUCAAGAUGGAUGCUGACAAUGAAGCCAAAGGUAAGGUGAGCGACCAGGCGAUGCAGAACCCACAAGCAUUGGCAGCUCUUCAGGACAAAUUAGACAGUGUCUCACCUAGUGCUUCCAUCAUGGACAGCUUACCAAAGUCUGUGAAAAGAAGAGUCAAUGCCUUAAAGAAUCUUCAGGUUAACAGCACGCACAUCGAAGCCAAGUUUUACAAGGAGGUGCAUGAGCUGGAGAGAAAGUAUAGCGCUCUUUAUCAGCCGUUAUUUGACAAAAGAAGAAACUUUGUCUCUGGAGAAGUCGAACCCACUGAUGAAGAGUGUGAAUGGCAGAGUGACCAUGAGGAUGAAGCAGCAUUAGCAGAAGAUCUAAAGAAGAAAGCUGCUAUAGAGGAAAAGACAGAAGAUGCUAAUGAGGAGAAACCCAAAGGAAUUCCAGAGUUUUGGCUCACCAUAUUCCGGAGUGUGGACAUGUUGAGUGAUAUGCUGCAGGAGCAUGAUGAACCAAUACUUAAACAUCUUCAAGAUAUUAAAGUGAUAUUUUCUGGUCCUGAUCAGUCUAUGAGCUUCACAUUAGAGUUCCAUUUUGAACCCAAUGAGUACUUCACCAACACAGUCCUCACAAAAGUAUACAAAAUGAAGUCGGAGCCAGAUGCAGAUGAUCCGUUUUCAUUUGAGGGACCAGAAAUCAUCGACUGUGAGGGGUGUGAAAUUGAUUGGCACAAAGGCAAAGAUGUGACGGUAAAAACGAUCAAGAAGAAACAGAAGCACAAAGGCAGAGGGACAGCGAGGGUCAUCACCAAACAAGUGCCCAAUGACUCCUUUUUCAACUUUUUCAACCCUAUUAAAGUUUCACCAGAUAAAGAGUUGGAUGAAGAUUCCGAGUACACUUUAGCCACAGAUUUCGAAAUCGGUCAUUUCUUCAGGGAAAGAAUCGUUCCGAGAGCAGUUUUGUAUUUCACAGGAGAAGCUCUGGAGGACGAUGAAAGUUUUGAAGAGGAGGAACUAGAUGAGGGUGAAGAGGAGGACCAAGAUGAGGAGGAUGAUGACGAUGAAGAGGAGGGAGAUUCUAAGUGACAGGCAUAAGUCAUUCUCACCUCAUACAUUUCUAGACCGGGGAUCCUCAGCCUGCAGAGUGCAAACAACAGUAGAUCGGAUCACUCACUCCUGCCACUGUCAAACCCCAUCAGCUCAUCUAGAUUCAGCCCUGUAGUGUGGCAUACGGUCUCUGAUGAGCGCUUCAUCCAACAAAACAAAACUUGACGAUGCAGUACAUUGGUAAACUAGUUUUUUAUUUAUUCUACAGAAUUAGCUUACUUUAAAAUUCAGCUGCUAUAAAACAGCACUGUAGAUAAAUUGGGCAAUUCCAGAUUAUAGUUGGGCCUCAGAAUGUGUAUAUAUAUAUAUAUAUAUAUAUAUAUAUACAUAUAUACAUAUACAUAAAUGUAAAACUAUUUUUUAAUUCAUGAUUUAGACAUGUACAGACUUCAGAUAUGUCAUUGCAUAGCCAAAAAAAAACGUUGACGUGCAGCAUCUUCAAACAGGUGAAAUUUUAAGCCUGAAUAAAAUAAAUGGGAUUGUAUUCUAACUUCCUGUGCACAUCUAACCUUUGUCAAGGUUGUUUGUAUUUAACAAAUAGUUUCUCUUUUCACUUUUGAAGUGUUCUGUGUCAUGGACAUAACCAUUUUUUAACACAGCAUAUCUAUUUAUGUACUUUUUGAACAAAACUGCAUGUUUAUGCACUUAUUUAUUUAUGGGACUGCUAGCUAGCUAGCCAGUCCAACUAAUGUAUCCGUGAUAUCUUGCAGGCAUCAAGUAAUUGUGUUCAAUCAUAUCCAGCCUCUUUGCAAUAUCUAACAUUUCUUUCAUUUGACUUUCUCCUGAAAAUCAUAAUUAAAAAAAAAUUUAAAAAUAAAUCUCUGCACCACUACAUACGUAUGCUCAGUUGAUGUAGUCUCUCUUUUUACUUUUUUUUAAAAUAUGUUUUUAAAUAUACGUUAUAUCCAUAAUGCUGGAAUUGCUCAAUUUAGAUUAAAUAGUCAAAGACGAUAGGGCAAAAGUCCACUGCCAAUUCUGAGUGGUCUGCAGAUGAUUACACAUCCUGAAAGUCACGUGUUUUAUGUGAUCACAUCAACAAGAUAUGACAUCGCAUCCCAAAGUUGACUGAAUUAAUUUAUUUUGUGACUUGAUCUCAUAGGUUACUCAGGGUUUUUUAUGCCAAGAUGACAGUGUGCGAGUAUCCAGCAUUGUGAAACUGUUGAUAUCUAACCUGCUUAACGUUCUCUUUUGUCUUGUAGAAGAAGGAAGACUUUUGAAAUGUAGUUUUAGUUAUAACAGAGUUAUUUAUAUAUCUUUUCCAUCUUUAUAUUAUUGUUUUGAACACUGUCUUGGUCUUGUGCUUUUUGGUGGAUCCCUGAGAGAAUAUGUUUUGCUGAUGUAUGUUCUGUACCCAGUUGAUUAUAGCCCCUUUUAGCAUUUCAAAAAUGCUUUUGCUGUACUGCCCAAGCACUUACAAAAAAGAAAAAAAAAAAAUUAAACAAAUACUUUUAUUGCCAAAGAGAGUGAUCUGAUUUCACUUUACCACAAACUUUGUGUGAAAGCAUUUCAUUCGAAAUAAUUAGAUAUUAAUGCUAAAGAAUGCAUGUAAUAUUAAAGGAAUGUUUCAGGUACAAUACGAGUUUAAAACUCAUUCGACAGCAUUUGUAGUAAUUACUGCAAACAAUAAUUUAGAUUUAUCCCUAGUUUUCUCAAAAAUAACAACAAAAGCACAAUCAAGGUUACGAUAAACUACUUGCGAUAGAAGUGAAUAGGGCUUAUUUCUGAAUGAUUUAAAAGCAGAAAUGUGAAACGUGUAAUACUGUAAAAGUAUUUACGUUAUUUCUUUUGAGGUUAAUGUGAAAGAGUUAUGCUUUGCUAAUUGGUUAUUCCCAGAGAAGAAAAUAAGUUACCUCAGACUAAAAAAAUGAAUGUAUGAUAGAUCACUUGAAAAGUUCAAGGUCAAAUGCUAAUUAAGUUUAAGAAUUACUGUUAUGAUGUCUGACCAAU